AUGUAUAAAAAUCAAAUAUUGAUUAUUAGUAGUUUGCUUUUGGUUUGUGUGUGUUUUGCAGUUGCAGUGAACCCACCACCAUCUCUAGAAAUUUCGAGAUGUGGUACAUCAGGUAGCUUCGUCAGUAAUUUCAUUUUGGAUAGUGGUGUCGGUCUAGCAGUACAACAAACGGUUGUCAAUCUCUGCUACGAUAACGAUAAUCUCUAUUUGAAACCGUUGUGCUACGAUGACAACAUCGUAUCAAACUACACUCUAUGUAAUGAACAUCUCUACAACUACGAUGUCUUUGAAGUAUUCCUCUCGGUGGGUCAUCAACAACCAACCAACUACCUAGAAGUAGAGCUAUCACCAAGAGGUGUAUUGUUUGUUGCUCAAGUUGCAAAUACCGAUGAUAGUUGUAGUGGCAUUACAGAUACAUUGAUUGGAUGUCCAGAGUCAGAGAUUGAGUAUUCAGCUCAAGUCAUUCCAAAUCUUGGAUACCAAGGCUUCCUCUCAAUUCCAUUUGCCACCAUUCAGAAUGCCACCUAUCCAAAUGGAGCUGUUGAGCAGUCAUCAUCGUUUAACACUCAGUACAGAAUGAAUAUGUAUCGUGUCGACUUUCCAACAACAACAUCACCAACUGAAUAUUCAUGCUGGAGUCCAACAUUUAUGAACCCACCAUGUUUUCAUGUGCCUUCAACAUUUGGAUACAUCACUUUAGUUUAG